AUGUAUAGUGAUGUCAAUAUGGUAGCAGAGCCAAAGCUGCAUCAAACAGGCCGCAAACGACAAAACAUGACCAAGACAGGAAACGAUUGGGACUACUACUACAAUAGCUACUACACGUCCACAGCUUUCCCGCUUCGUCUUGUGCCUCCGCUCAAAAGAGCCCGACUCGUACCCUCACGGCCGCAACAGCAGCAACAGCAACCAAAACGGCAAAAAGUGACGACAAACAUCGCUGGACUUCAGGACUUGGACCAAUUAAAAGUUUACAGCAAUCCGGACAUACUAAUUUGCGGCAACUGCCGGGAAAUGUUCACGAAUCUCGGGGAGCUGCUCGAGCAUAAACGGGAUCACUGCAAGCAGCGGUUCACCUGCAAAUGCCACACGUUUAACGGUACCACUCCCAGUACAACAGAAAACUCAAGGGUCUCAUUGCUGUGCGUCUUCUGCAAAGAUCCCUUCCCGUCCGCGUGGGAGUUGAUGGUCCACGCCCAGGCAGCCCACAUGAUCAACAUCUACGAGAUCAGCAAAAUAUCUGAAACAAAUCACUCGUCCCGGAGUCCGAGCCAGAACAACAAAGAACCAUCGCUGUCGUUCAGGAUGCAGGAUCAGGAUAACAAAGGUGUAGAUGAAUUGACUGAAGAGGAUGAAGAUUUGGACAGGCACGUACUAUUGUCAUCACCGGAUAGCGGAAAAUCGACUGACAACGAAAAUACCAUGUCACCAAUAAAGAUAAACGGAAGUUCGAAUCAUAAGGAGUGCAAGGAGCAGCUAAUCCUCGUCCAGAAAAAUAAAAACAAAUCUACAAUGGAGCCUUGCUUUGAGCAACGUUCGAUUACCAUCAAAUCAAACUUGCAGUUGAACACAAGUACGGCCAAUGGUACGUUAAGUAACAUCGGUGAAGCUGUGCUAACCAAGGCUUCGACCAACAGCUCAAUUUCUCUGAAGAAGUACCAGUUGAACAAUUGA